GGAUAAAUGGGCAGGGGAGAGUGGGCUGAGUUCACAGCAGCAGUGGUCGGCCAAGAUGCCGAGUCUGCUGGCACUGGCUCUGCUGCUCCUGGGGAGCCUGGUCCACUUGGCCCAUGCUUCAGGCCGGGCGCUGGAGCGAGUGGGCAUCGUAGGGGGGAAGGAGGCCCCCGGGAACAGGUGGCCCUGGCAGGUGAGCCUGAGACUUCACGAAGGUUACUGGAAGCACAUCUGCGGGGGCUCCCUCAUCCACCCGCAGUGGGUGCUGACCGCAGCGCACUGCCUGGGACCGCAUGUCACGUACCCUGAAGAAGUCAGGGUCCAGCUGAGGGAGCAGCACCUCUACUAUGGGGACACGCUGCUGCCCGUCAGCCGGGUCAUCGCACACCCCUCCUUCUACAUUACUGAGAACGGGGCCGACAUCGGCCUGCUGGAGCUCGAGGACCCGGUCAACAUCUCCCACCAUGGGCAGCUGGCCACCCUGCCCCCGGCCUCAGAGACCUUCCCCAUGGGGACGCCGUGCUGGGUGACAGGCUGGGGGGACGUGAAAAGUGGAACGCCCCUCCCGCCGCCGUUCCCCUUGAAGCAGGUGAAGGUGCCCAUCGUGGAAAAUGGCAUUUGUGACGCACAGUACCACCUUGGCCUCAACACUGGGGACAACACACAGAUCGUCCGUGAGGACAUGCUGUGCGCGGGGGGCCACAAGAGGGACUCGUGCCAGGGCGACUCCGGAGGGCCCCUGGUCUGCAAGGUGAGGGGCACCUGGCUGCAGGCGGGCGUGGUCAGCUGGGGCGAGGGCUGCGGUCAACCCAACCGGCCCGGCGUCUACACCCGGGUCACCUACUACUUGGACUGGAUCCACCAGUAUGUCCCCAAAGAGCCCUGAGCCCAGGCCCCGGAGCUGCCACCUGGACAGGCGCAGAAGCCAGCCCGCUGCUGUCCCACAGCAGUGCCUAGGCGGCAUCCUUCCGCCCACCUUCCCCAUGCCCUGUUGGGGAGCCCCUGGUGGGCGCAAAUCCUCAUUAAAGUGGAUGGA